AUGGCGCGUGUCAGCCACGGCAAGUUCUCCUACGACGUGGAUACUUUCUACGUGGAGGCCUCCGGUCACCUCCAUCGCCGAGCAAUCCCUGCGGAGCUUAGAGCUAUCUUUAAUGCCUCCAUCCCAGACAGAAACCAGAGGCCUGACCAUCCGGCUCACUGGUUUGAAGCUCAACUCCUCCACUAUGGCCUGUCACCGUCGAAGGUCAAAGCAACAGCAAAGAUGAGACUAUUAGAUGCCAUACAAGAUGAUAUCCUAGAAGUUCCUAUCGAGCUGGUCCUGAUGGAGAAGAGACUGAAGAAAGAAUGGAAAAGACAAGAUACAGCGGCACGGUCGCUAUUAUCUGGACUCCCUAAUCCAACGAUCGACGAUACUACAACUACCACCACAACAGAGACAAUCACCCGAAACACAGUGACCACUUUUCCUUCCGUUUCACGCAAAAGAGGUCGUGACAUCGAAGGUGAAGAGGUGGGAGAGGGACCAUCCGUUAAACAGACUGCUCGGCGCCGUGGCGUGGGCAGAGCCAGCGUGCCAAACAAUACUACUCAGUCCACGGGUGUUCAACCGCAAGAGAGACAACGACCAGCGCUUCCCAAUCAAGCACGACGAAGGCAAGGCAGUGGCGAUACUGCUCCCCCGCUACAGACUGCCAGGCGCCGCGUGACAAGGCAAGUGUCAGGAGCUUGGACAGCGACGAAUGGAAACUUCGGUCUGAGCGGACGGAUUGGCCAAAUUGGCAUCCGGUCCUCCACUCCUUCGUAUCGUGAUGACCGUGAGAUCCAGGAUUACGAUGAUUGCUACGAUGAUGAAUACUUUGGCGACUAUUCGGAUCCCUUCGAUGAUCAAAAUAUUGUUGAAAGUCAUCACACUUCUGUAUACAACCAAGACCCUUUCGAUGAUCGGUAUCCUUCUAGCGGAUCUUACCCAGUGAGCGCAAACUCUGCGACUGACAGCUAUGGGGAUCCCCGUGGGCCACCACCACUCUAUGAACAGACCUUGCAAGCCCAACCCUCAAAGCGACGUCUCGGCCUACUGAACGGCGAAUACGACAUUGCAUUUGACGAGCCUACUGGGAAUCUUUUCAAUGCCAACGGUCCCAGAGUCCACCCAAAGAUAUGCCUAACGUUGAAUUGGGACGAGAUUUUCGGGUCGCUCAAGCUCGGGAUCCUCGAUGGCAUAUUGUGGAUGCCAGAACGGCCGAAGAGAGCUUCCGAAGAAAAGGUGCCAUUUCAAUGGCAUGGCAAGGUUUCUGGGCAGCUCUUUGUUGGAUAUGAGAACUCGGGCUGGAUUCAAUUUCUGGGCGAUGGACAAAUUGAAGGGGAAAUUUCAUGUUUUCUUCGAUACAAAUUUCAAGGUCAGCGAACCAGUGGAGAAAAUGCUAGCCCAGCUCGGAGCGCGCAUGAUUUGCGAAGAGAGUGGCAGGGGUACAUCGAUCAAGUGAAUGAAGCAGGAUGA